AUGGAGGCUUUGGACAGAGACAAGAUGGAGGCUUUGGACAGAGACAAGAUGGAGGCUUUGGACAGAGACAAGAUGGAGGCUUUGGACAGAGACAAGAUGGAGGCUUUGGACAGAGACAAGAUGGAGGCUUUGGACAGAGACAAGAUGGAGGCUUUGGAGAGACAAGAUGGAGGCUUUGGACAGAGACAAGAUGGAGGCUUUGGAGAGAGACAAGAUGGAGGCUUUGGAUAG